AUGUCUGUCGCCGCAAGAUCCGCAAGUUUAUUAAAGUCCACUGUUCCUGGUGUAGCCAUCUUGGCACCUGUCACUGCUGCUGAAACCGAAAUCCUUUCUCCUCAAGCAUUACAAUUUGUCGCUACCCUUCAUCGUAUUUUCAAUCCUACCCGAAAGACACUCUUACAAAAACGUGCUCUUCGUCAACAAGAACUUGACCGUGGUGUCCUUCCUGAUUUCUUACCUGAAACAGCUUAUAUUCGUAACGAUCCUAACUGGCGUGCUGCUCCACCUGCUCCUGGUCUUCAAGACCGUCGUGUGGAAAUCACUGGUCCUGUUGACCGCAAGAUGAUCAUCAACGCUUUGAACUCGGGAGCUUAUACAUUCAUGGCUGACUUCGAAGACUCAAGUGCACCCACAUGGGAAAACAUGAUCAGUGGUCAAGUCAACUUGCGCGACGCUGUUCGUGAAUCGAUUUCCUUUGCUAAUCCUAACGGCAAGAAAUACGAGCUUCGUAAGGAUGGCAAGCUGGCUACACUCAUUGUUAGACCUAGAGGAUGGCACAUGGUUGAAAAGCAUGUCAUUGUCGAUGGUGAACCUUGUUCUGCCUCCAUUUUUGAUUUCGCUCUCUACUUCUUCCACAACGCCAAAGAACUCAUCAAACGCGGUAAAGGCCCUUACUUUUACUUGCCCAAGAUGGAAUCUCAUUUGGAAGCCAGAUUAUGGAAUGACAUCUUUAAUGUAGCUCAAGACAUGAUCAACAUUCCCCGAGGCACCAUUCGCGGUACCGUCUUAAUUGAAACGAUCCUUGCUGCCUUUGAAAUGGACGAGAUCAUUUACGAAUUACGCGAACACUCAUCUGGUCUUAACUGUGGACGAUGGGACUAUAUCUUUUCAUUCAUCAAGAAGCUUCGUCAGCACCCUGAAUACGUCUUACCCGACCGUUCUGCUGUGACUAUGACUGUCCCUUUCAUGGAUGCCUAUGUCCGUUUAUUGAUCCAGACAUGUCACAAGCGUGGUGUCCAUGCUAUGGGAGGCAUGGCUGCUCAAAUCCCCAUCAAGGACGAUGCUAAGGCAAACGAAGCUGCCAUGACCAAGGUCCGUACUGACAAGUUAAGAGAAGUCACUGCUGGUCAUGACGGUACCUGGGUCGCUCACCCUGCUCUCGUCAAGAUUGCCCUCGACAUCUUUAAUGAACACAUGCCUCAACCUAAUCAAAUCCAUGUCCGCCGUGAAGACGUCCAAGUGUCCAGCCUUGACUUACUCAAUGUCAACUUCAAGGGCGCCAUCACCGAGAAGGGUAUUCGUGACAACAUUCAAGUCGGUUUGGCUUAUAUGGAAUCUUGGUUACGAGGCACCGGCUGUGUGCCCAUCAUGAAUCUCAUGGAAGACGCUGCUACAGCCGAAAUCUCACGUUCUCAACUCUGGCAAUGGGCUCGUCAUAAGGCUCGUACGUCUGACGGCAAGGUCAUCACAGGCGAUUAUCUCUUAAAGAUCCUCGAUGAAGAAACAGACAAGAUCAAGAAGAACUUAGGUCCUAAAUAUGCUUCAUCCAAGUACGAAGCUGCCAAGCGUAUCUUUGCUACUAAUGUCACAGGCGAGCGUUAUGAUGAUUUCCUGACGACCAUGCUCUAUGAUGAUAUCGUCACGAUCGCUCCUUCUGCUAAAUUAUAA